UCCCUUCUUCCUCCCCUCUUCCUCUUCCUCCUCCCUUCCUCUUCCCCUUCCUCUUCUUCUAUUUACUUCUCCUUCUCUUGUCAUUCCUUCCUUCCUUCCAUCUCUUCUACUCACUUACCUUACUAACUUACUCCCCUCCUACUGCUUCAUUCUCCUUCUUCUUACCUCGGCUGUUGGUUGUAUCUAUGAAUGGCUCGCUUGCGUGCCAACUCCAGCCUGUCUUUCUUUGCUCUAUGAAUAUACAUUAGAUUUACAUUACAUCCUCCUUCAUUUCCAGCAUGCAGUCAUUACAGAAGUCCGGCAUUUACACUCGCCUACGGGAUACUUUAUGGAAUCCCAACGCUCCCCCCGGAGACCCUCGCAAAAGUGUCAAGUGGAUCGAUGGUCUUCGCGGGAUUGCUUCUUUCCUCGUUGUUCUCACCCACCUGGCCCGCGCCUGGGACUAUGAUCUCUUCGCGCCGAGAGACAAGGAGGGAGUGCCUCCCCGGGUCCUCCAGUGGCCCAUCCUCCGCAUCCCAUGGCAGGGACGACUCGGAGUCACCAUCUUCGCGUUCCUCACCGGCUAUGUGUGUGCCUUGAAGCCGUUGAAGUUGUCGCGGGCAGGCAAUCACCUCAGUGCGUUUUCGACCAUUGCCAAGAGCGCCUUCCGCCGCCCUCCGCGCUUAAUCUUCCCAGCCACCAUUGCCCUGUUUAUCUCGUGGGUCAUGGCCCAAUUUGGCGCCUUUAUUGUCGCCAACCGCUCCGACUGCUGGUGGUGUCGAUAUGCCGCCCCGGAUUUGGAAGAUUCGUUCUUCAAGGAGGUCAUUCGCCUGGGAGGGAACUUCCUCAGCACCUGGACCACCGGGUACAUGGCCUAUGAUGACCACCAAUGGGCGUUGCUGCCGUUGCUGAAGGCAUCCAUGCUCGUCUAUGUCCUGCUCUGCGCCACCAUGUACGUCCAGUUCCGGUUUCGCAUUGCCAUCUACAUUGGCAUGAUGCUGUACUUCCACCAGGACGCCGCCAAGGACACUGAAACCUUCCAACUCCAAGCCGUCUAUGGCAUGCUCCUCAGUGAUAUGUCUUACGACACCACCUUCCGCUCCCUCGUCGAAGCCCACCGCUGGCCGCGCCGCAUCCUCGCCAUCGUGAUCACUAUCGCCGGUCUCUUGAUUUGCUCCUAUCCCGGCGAGCACCCCGAAUGGGCUACCUGGUCCGACUACAUGUUCAAGCUGUCCCACUACAUCUUCCCUCCCGAAGUUAACAUUGGCAAGCGGUACAGUGCCAUCGGCGUGGACAUGAUCAUCUUCGCCAUCUUCAUCUCACCCGGGACGCAGUCCUUCCUGGCGAACCGCCUCCUCCUCUGGCUCGGCAAGCAGAGUUUCGCCGUCUACCUCGUCCACGGCACUCUCCUGCGCACUGUUCUGUGCUGGAUGCUCUACGGCAUCACCGGCCAACCAUGGGAGGAGACUGUCGACGAGAACGGCCAGACUGUUCUCCCCCCGUGGUUGCCCAUCCGCCCUCCCUGGGUCGUCGCCCUCUGUAUCCCGCUCUGGAUCGGGCUGGUUUACAUUUGCGCCUCCCUGUGGACUGCCUACGUUGACCCUCUCUGCGCCCGCCUCACGGCGUGGAUCGAGAAGAAGGUCUUUGACGAACAAGAAGAGAAGGCCUCCGAGCUGCCGAUGCAGUUGCGGCCGAUGCCUACCACUUGAUCCAGAAAAUAACAUGUGGAGGUGGUUUCGCGGGUUUUUAUUUGGAUUAAAGAGCAGCAGGUGAAGAUAGGACUUCUUUCUGGCUGGUCCAGGUCCUCGGGGUGUUUUGUCCAUAGCCAUCUUUUGAUAUAUAUAAAUAUGUAUUUCGCUUCUUUUUUAUUCUUGGGUCCGGCAGGUUUGGGAUGGUGGGAAAGGUGGUGGGGACAUUUGGAGAUGGCUGGAGUACUUGACAUAUACCUCGCAUCCUCAGGUUCACAUGUACUCAUAACUUUGGUGUGGUCAAAUGCACUCCUAUUCGU